AUGGAUCAAUAUUCUCAAAAGCAGACCCCAACGCCGUCAUCAAGACCACCAACACACAACGACGAGAAUCAUCUAGGCAGGCGAUCGCGUGUCAUAUACAGACGGAUCUGCGGUUUCUGA